GGCGCGUGCGUGAUAAAGACUCGUUUUGACCUAACGCUCGGUUUUGAUUCCGGGUGUCGGUGUGUUUGAUGUAGGGAACGCGCCAGGCGCGCGCUUAAGUCGGGACCGAAGAUGUGACGGGUUCGGAGCGCGCGCCUCCUGAGCACCUGUGUCUCUGGUCCGUCAGUGUGGGUGAUGGAGUCUCUCCUGAGGGAACAAUUUGGAUUGAAAGGAGGAAGUGAGUCUCUGAGGGAGGAGGUCUGUGGGAUGAUAAGAUGGCCCCCGUCGUCUCUGUGUGUGGACAUUAAUCAGUUUGCUGCUGCGUAUCAUGAAAUCAGACUGCGUCUAGCCGGCCUGGAGCGAGAGAACAGCAGCAUCAGGAGGAAACUCAAGAACUAUGAGAUGAAGUUCCCCAUGAUCAGCCUGUGUGAGGACGAGAGGAGUAUGUGCUGCACCUGUGAGUCCCAGAAGGUCGAACUGAUUCAGACUGAAAACAGAAACCUUCAGCAAAGGAUCAACAACCUUCUGGAGGAGCUUCAGAAGAGUAAAGCUCAUGAGCAGCGUCUGGAGGAGGUGAUUAAAGCAUACGAGAAAAUUCAUUUGGAGAAGAGCACUGUUCAGAAGGAGCUGGAUAAUAUGACGACUUUGGCUGAGCAGCAUGUGGAGAGGAUCAGGAAGCUGGAGAUGGCACUUGGACAGAGAGAGAGCCUCCUGCAGAAGAAAAAAGCAAGAGAAAGUUCACAUCAACGCAACAAAGAAACUCGUUAUCUACAUCUGUACACCAGUCUGGACACGCCCUGUGCAUUGGAGUGUCCUGGGCCGAGUCUGCAGAGCUCACGCAGUCUGGACACACUUACUGAUCUGAAGCUCCAGUGUCUGGAGGCCGAGCUUGAAGGCUUGUGGCAUGAGGCUAGAGGGGCAUGUCAACGGGAGGAGGAGCUUAAGGCAGAGCUGCAGCAUCUACAGGAAGAGAUCAGACAGGAAAAGGAACGACAGGAGUUGGAUGUGGAGUGUGAACACUGCAGUGUGGAGUGGAUUAAAAAAGCAGGAGAUGAACAGGUGAACCUGGCUCUGGCCUACACUGAGCUGCUGGAGGAACUGAGCCGAAUCCGUAGCCUUAUUGCGGAACAGAACCGAAUCCUGAGACAGAAGCGCAGCUCUACGGGUCCAAACAGUCCUGUACUGAGGCAUGGCCCCGCCUCCCCUUCCUCUGACCCCACCCAUCCUCACACUCGCUCAAUGAGAUUACACUUCCAGGGCCGCCGUAGUUAUUCGGACAUGGCCGACCCCUCAGUCUCUCCUCACGUCGUCCACAAUCCAAUUUCCACUCUACCAAAGCGCAGGACUGCAAGCCAUGCCCACCUCAAACCAAUAUCCACCGGGCCACGCCCAUCCUCUGCCCACGGGGCUCUGGAGCUCAACUUCCAGCCUGACUCUUCCCCUGCACCACUGGCCACGCCCCAUCAGUCUUCAGAGGAUGAAGAUGAUGAGUGGGCGGGACUCAGGAUAAUGACGCCCCCCCACUCGCACUUUCGCAGUGAGCACGCUCAGUCCUGGCCAUCAAUCAAAUUGUGGAUGAAGGAGGAGGAGAGCGACCGGAGUUGUCCUCUCUGUCAGCUCUCCUUCCCCACCGGCUUUCCUGAUGAUGCUCUGAUCACACACAUCGACACACACCUGGAGAACAGUAAAAUAUAACACACACACAUGGUUAACAAUAAAAUAUAACACACACACACACACACACCUGGAGAACAGUAAAAUAUAACA